ACUAGAUCUCACGCCUCGCCAUACUCAUUAAGUAUUUCGCGUUUGUUCGAGCGGACGGUGGUGUUGUGCUGCAUUUACUACGAAUUUUAGCCCAUACGCAUCGGUUUUUGCUUUUUUGAGCAAUUUUUCCUCCUUCCUGGUGCAAAUAAAGGAAAACCACCCGGCGCGUUCCUUUUUUGUUCCACCGGCAGCAUUAGUUUGGUUGCAUUGGUUCCUUCGUUCAGUACCGUUUGCGUGUGCGUUAAUUCGUGUCCGUGCGUGUGUGUGUUUAUAUCGUUUCCGUGUUGUAAAAAACGCCACUUGCUGUAAAAAUGUCUGCUGAACCGAUCCGUGUUGUCGUGACGGGAGCUGCCGGCCAGAUCGCUUACUCGCUGCUGUACAUGGUGGCGAAGGGUGAUGUGUUCGGACCGAACCAGCCCCUGAUUCUGCAUUUGCUCGACAUUCCACCGAUGAUGGGUGUGCUGGAGGGUGUCGUGAUGGAGCUGGACGAUUGUGCCCUGCCCCUGCUCGUGAGCGUCGUACCGACCGCUGAUCCGGCCGUCGCCUUCAAGGAUGUGGAUGCUGCGUUCCUGGUCGGUGCAAUGCCGCGCAAGCAGGGCAUGGAGCGUAAGGAUCUGCUGUCGGCGAACGUGAAAAUCUUCAAGGUGCAGGGCGAAGCACUCGACAAGUUCGCCAAGAAGGACGUGAAAGUGCUUGUGGUGGGCAAUCCGGCCAACACGAACGCGCUCGUCUGCUCGCACUACGCGCCCUCCAUCCCGAAGGAGAACUUUACCGCCAUGACGCGGUUGGAUCAGAACCGUGCCCAGGCCCAGAUUGCCGGCCGGCUCGGUGUGGGCAUCACGAAGGUGAAGAAUGUCAUCAUUUGGGGUAACCAUUCCGCUACCCAGGUACCGGACGCACGGAACGCUUCGGUGGAGGUCGGAGGCGCGGUGAAGACCGUCCCGGAAGCGGUUGCUGACGAUGAGUUCCUGAAGCAGCAGUUCCUGGAAACGGUACAGAAGCGGGGUGCGGCCGUUAUUGCCGCCCGCAAGAUGUCUUCCGCCAUGUCCGCCGCUAAGGCGGCCAGCGACCAUAUGCGCGACUGGUUCGCGGGUACGCGCGACGGCGAGUACGUGUCGAUGGGUGUCAUCUCGGACGGUAGCUACGGUGCGCCGAAGGACAUCGUGUUUUCGUUCCCGGUGCAGAUCCAAAACCGGCAGUGGAAGAUCGUGCAGGGUUUGUCGGUCGAUGAGUUUACCCGCAGCAAGCUGGACGUGACGGCGAAGGAGCUGCUCGAGGAGAAGGAGGAAGCGAUGGCGGUGUGUGCUGCGGAUUGACUAGUGAAGCUGUAAAGCAGAAUUUUGUAUGGAGAAAAUUACAUCACCCACAACGUACCCGUACCCUCCCCCCCCCCCUUCUUUUUUUGUUCUUUUGUGUGUGUGUGUCAAACAAAACAUUAUAACAAGGGUUCAACAAAAGCUUCCGUUCAAUGCGGUUUAGUUAACACACAGGGAGGGUUUUCGUUUUCUCCCCUUUUAUCAUUGUUCAAAAUUUUGUUUUACAGUUUUCGUUCUUUUUCAUUGGCGCAGUUUCGCACACCUGUUAGCUAGGGGCCUAUGCAUCUCUCCCGUUUAGAAUUAGAAAGAAAGGAAAGAAGUAGCAAAAUAUACACACAGAGGAGGGGCAACACCCCACUUCCAUUAGCGCGCCUAGAUCGACCACCCAAUUGUUGUUAAACCAGUUGAAAGAAAGAGCGUUAUAGGAGGAGAGAAAUAAAUCAUCAUCAGCAAACACUAAAACGUACACUUAGUUCAAUAAACCAUCUUUUUUAAAAGUA